CGGGAGGGAAAGGCUUUUUAGGGGCUUCCUAGUUUCCGUACGAGAGGAGCAUCUUUUUGUAGGUGGCGACCUGUGGGACGACGCGUGUCGGUAGGGAAGUGAGGACAAUGGUGUGAUGUUUGUGUCUUGUGAAAGAAUCAAAUGUGCCCUUAGGAGCGGAUAAGCACCCCAUAGAUGUUUGCAGAACAACUCCAUUUGAGCAGGAUGAUCAGACUCACAUGAAUGACUUGACUCUCGCUCGCUAAGCAGUUUGGGGGCCGUCCCUGUCUCCGCUUCUGUUCGAAUCUUCUUUAAACUCCGCAAUCUUUUCUUCGCCCGUCUUUCUCAACUCCCCUACCGCAUCCCUGUAUGUUUUCCCCCAUUCUUUAGCGCACCAGCAUCUUUGUUUUUUCUCCCUUUUCCUAUGCGGAAUCAGUCGCUGUUGCAUCUUCCCGAAUCCAUCUUGCUAAAAACUCUCUCGCUUGCAGCGUGAUGGGGGCCUUCUGGCAGAAAAAAAAGGAAACGACAAAAAGUGACCAGUCCGACGAGAAUCCUUACCAUCUUGGAACUUAAACGCCCACGGGAAGUUCAAACGGCACGCUGAAAAUGAACGCGCGUACGUAGCUUGCCUUUUCACUUGAAAGGACAAAAGAUUCCCGCGUAGAACUGUCACGAAACCGUUCUAGAAGUACGCGUCUCGAUACUUGCUGGGCUAAUCCUUACUGCUGCAUGACAGUGCGGCUUCCAUGAUACAAAAGAAUCACUCAAAAAAUCCAAAUUUAAGCUGACCCACCUGACGAUGCGGCUGCGAGGAACGUCACAAAAGCAGGGCACGCCGUAAGAGAAGCGAGGCAAACAUAGAGGACAGCCACAUAGAGUAUGGUAGCAUUGUUGACGCUUUUAGAACUCGUGCAUUUGCGGUUCUUCUCGUUCGGAGCAGCCUACAACUGCGAUCGUGGAAAAUAUGGUCGGUUUUAAAAAAAAGCCAAGAGUCGUUUUACCGAAAUAUCAGCUUGGAAUGGGUCGUUACAGCCGCCCGCGAUUUCCAUCACGUCAAACUCCGCUUUUCCUCGUGUCGCGCCGUGCGGUUGUGACCAUAACGACAGCGACGAGUUCCUACUUUUGUAGGCAAAAUAUCGACCGUCUGUGCGAGCCUAGCCUAAGCGCCAGUAGAGACGCGUUUUACUCUGGGUGUGCGCUGUUUCAACUCGACUUCGACUUCCUUGUUUCCCUCCUACGCUGUCCCCUCGUCACGAUGCUUGUGAUGCACAUAGGAAACGGUGCACUUCACAUUCCAUGUUUCAUACUUCGUGGUUCGCGUGUCUGUCGAUAACCGGACUAUCCGUUAAUGGCCCACGGGACCACAGCCGCACAUUCGCGGCUCUAUAAUCAAGUACAGCACUCGCCCCGUUUGUUUUCGUGGUCCGGUUGCUACGAAGUUAACACAAGUUCCCCUUUAAACUCGCUGAUCAAGAUCGGCAGAGAGGAGCUGCAAUCCCGAUCCGAACGUCGGCCGCCACGAACGCGCUGAGACAACGAUCGACAUCGAACGAAAGUCUCAACUUCCUGUCUAGGAUACCAUGCUCACCUGAGCUGUGCGAGACCUAGCGGUCGGGACUGAACCGCUAGCGACGAUUCUCUUUGACGCGGGAGUUUGUGCGAACGCGCGACCGUCGGUCGCAUUUGCAGAGUUGAAGUUUCGCUUUGUAGGAAUGUGGUUCCCGUGCGGAAUGCAAAUCUGAGUUUCGCGGGGAGAAACCAUUUCGAUUUUUUGGAACCGCGGGGAUUCUUUGUGCCGCCGAUGUUCGUGUGGCUCGUUCUUCCCGCGCGCAAACGAUCGGGUCAAGGUCGGCUAGCCUCGUGGAGUCUGAGCUUCGAGUCUGCUUUUUCGACUGGACUUCCGUGGUUCCGUGUUCCGCAUCCAGAGGGCUUCCAACUCAUUUCUACCUCUCUGGCCUGGUUUUUUUCGGUGUGUCCGCAAGCGGCGCAGCAGUCCCCAGUAUCCUAAAAUUUUGCUCGUGCGCCAACGACUGAGAGACUCGCUGCGUCGUGAGGCCUGCACCACCCUUUUGCACCCAAACUCGCUUUUCGUGUGCUUGCCAUUUUCCCUUCGGAAAUGGCCACCUGAAAACUACCUACCUCCGCGCGUGCCAUUCCACCAGUCCACCGCCCGUCCACCGCCACCCUGCCCGGAAACCGUGGCCGUCAGUUCGUUCGCGAAACCACCAUGGCAGACGUCGUUCAGUUGCACAAAGUCCCGGCUUCGGGGAAUGUACAUGCGGUUCCGGGGUCUCCGACCAUGGCAGGACCUUCUACCCUCGCAGUUCCGUAUCCGUACCAACAUCCGCAGUCUGUGACACCCUCAGCCCCCAUGGCGUCGAACCAGCUGGUGCCGAUGUACGCACCGUCGGAAUCAGGAAUCUUUGGCGCGAACUCUCAGAGUUCCCUCGCACCUCCCGAUGGACGGGGACUGUGCCAGACCUCCCCAAGUACAGGGUAUGAAACCCCAGUUUGCUCGCUAAAACCAUGUGGAAACAACGUUUUCUACAGCGCACCCCCGGCGCCUCCUGUCGGCGAACUGCACCCGCUGAUCCCGAGCAAGUUCAAGUACUCGUUUCCGCGAAACAAGAUGCUGAGACACAAAAGCUACGAGGUUCUCGCCAUUGAGGAAGGACCGAAGGACCCGCGAGUCUUCGAUUCCUUUGGUCGCGCGGCGUGUCCCGCGGACGAAGUGUUGGGUAGAGUGAAGAAACCGUACCGAAAGAAGACAAUUUUCGGCAUCACCAGGCACUCAGCGGCAAACCACAGUCAACAGUCGGACUUAAACGUCCCAGGAUUCUCGGGCAGAGGCGCCGCGCUGCCGGGAAGAGCCAGCCUGGCGUGGGGGGCGGCCUCCAGGCGGGCGGGCCGCGCAGCGUCGGCCGGCAAAGAAUCGACUCAGGAAUCGUCGGAAAAAGCCAAGGGAUGGAUGCACAACUUUCAAUGCUUCUUGUGCACCAGCGCUGACUACGUUAGCACGGAGCACGCGGCACUGGAGGAGCAGAACGAGCAGCUGGAUGAGGCCCUCACUGAGUUCCACGAGACGAACCGCAUCCAAGCUAUCAGACUGUUUGAAACUGAGAACCAACUGGAGAAAAAGAAUGCUGCUCUGGAGCAGCUCCAGCUCCAGCUCGAAUACGAAACCGCUGAGCUGAAAAAGAAGAACAUCGAACUCCAAAAGGAGACGAAAAUUGCCGAGAGCUCCCUCAACGAGUUGCGCGAUAAGGUCGUGAAAACGAUUGAGACCGUGUCUACCUUUCGCGAAAGCGGCGACACCUCGAAGCUCGAUGCUGUUCUCCGCGACUUCUGCGUCGAAGUCGCAAACGUCUUGAACGCCGCACGACUGGCCGGUGCUCCGGGACCUUCGAUCGUUAUCCCGGCCACGUCGUUGUUGAGCAAGGGCGGCUCGUCUAAGAAGAAGGCAGUGAAGGGGAAGAAGAAGGCAGUGAAGGGGAAGAAGAAGACAGUGAAGGGGAAGAAGAAGGCAGUGAAGGGGAAGAAGGCGAAUGCGGGAGGCAAGAAGAAGACGGGGAAGAAGAAGAGAACGAAGGAAGGUGGCGCACGCAAGAGCAAGGCCUCGGGGACCGGAGCCAAGGGGUCUAAGGGCAAAAAGGCCAAGGGCACUUCAGGGAUCAAAAAGAAGACUCAACCUAGGCGAAAGCCGGCGAAAACCGUGGCACGCCGAGCCAGAGUGGUGAAGAAACGAGGGAGCGCAGACUUGCUCGCGCCCGGCGUCUCGACCCCGGUUGCACUCGGCUAUAAAGGUGAGGUUGCACAGACUCCCGUGGAGUACCUCCUGCAGCAGCAACUCAUCUCGAUGCAGCACGCCCAGGGCGAGCAUGGUGUCGCAGGAGCAAAACACAUGCAGUUCCUUCUGUAUCCGGGCUUUCUGGAACAGCGACCCCUAGCCGCGAAAAUGGGCACUGACCGGGCCGCCUCAACCGCGUCAGGAAGCGUCGAACACAUGCCGCAAAAUGUACCAGAGCAUCUCGCUGCCUUAGGGACAAACUUGCUCGAAAAGCAGCGUGCAGCGGGCGUGGCCAAACCGCGAGCCACGGUCAAGCGUGAAAAGUCCAGCCCCAAAGCAAAGUCCCCCGUGAACUUGAGUCCGGCAGCCGUUGCCGCCGGGAAGACUCGGACCGUCUCUGCGUAGGCGGGGGGUGUCAAGUAAAGCAUAGCCUCUGGUUCGUGCAUGCUUUUGUUUUUUGGUUUGAGACGGCCGAAGACGCCGCGAAAAAAAACUGGCAGCCGCACCGAGACGAGCGGCUCAAUGUCGUAGGUAUUGAAAUCCAACUCUUGUAUCUGUCUUACGCGGUCCAGUGAGGUGGAAGCUUAGAGCAGUCAUGAAGAACUGUUUGUUUGUAUGUCAUGACUGGAGCCAUACUCAGUACCGAUUUGCGGUUCGGUGGGGCGAUAGGGUGAUGCUAGAGGAUAGAGUUCGGGAAUAGGAAUACAGACCCUGAUGGGUCAUCGCAGCUCAGCACAAAAUGGCGCGAUUCGAAAAAGGAUAUUUUUAACUGUGGAGAAUCAUCACGAGGAUCUGUCAGGGAGUUUGCUGUGUACACUCGUAUUCCUCACCUCGUGCUUGAGAGUCAACAGAGAGAUGUGCUGUGUUGAUCGGAUCGCCACAGGCUCUGUGGCGCCGUUGCAUCCAAGAGACAACGCAGUGCUCUUGCCUUUCUUCACUGUGCCAAAGAGAAAUAUUGAUCUGCAUCUAGAUAAUAAUCCGCAUGAACGUCUGUUUUUUAAAGAUGGUCAUCUCUGGAACUGGAACUGACUGCCAACGAAGCACACGGGGAAAAAGCUCCCUGGGUCACUCUUGGCUUUGUCACAUGCCUUACAAGAAGGCCAGCAUUUCAGCAGAGAGCGUACGAUGCCUUCGUUCGCAGCUUAUUCGGAUGCUGCGCCACUCGGACAGUGCCACCGAGCUUUUUCCUUAUUGACG